AUGUCUGACCGCGACGAGGACGACGACCGGCUGAGUCUCAAUUUCGGUGAGGAGCAGGAGGAGAGCGCCCCGCGCAGCGACGACGAGCAGAGCGAGGGCGAGGGCGCGGACGUUGUCCUAUCUGGGAAGGCGGCAGGCGGUUCCGCCGUACGACGAGACGACAAGGAUCGCGUGACCGCGCCGGUUCUGACGAAGUACGAGCGUGCCCGUAUCCUUGGCACACGGGCGCUGCAGAUUAGCAUGAACGCGCCGGUGCUGGUGGCUUUGGAGGGCGAGACCGACCCGCUCACCAUCGCACAGAAGGAGCUCCGCGAGGGCGUCAUACCGCUCAUCAUACGGCGCGUGUUGCCUGACAACACGUAUGAGGACUGGCGAAUAAGCGAGCUGGACAUCGACUUCGACCGUCCCGCGGACGAGCGAUACACAAACAUCUGA